CCAAUCAGCGCACGUGGUGCGCUCAGUCUCGCUGGCAGCACUGACACGGUCUUAUCUUAGAAACACAGCCACAAAUACAACGUUCAAUCACCGCUUAUAACAUGGAAAGAAUUUGUUUUUCCUGGGACGUAUGUUUGUUUUUCGUCCUCGUAAAUAUUUGUGGUGUGACGGGAAACAGUGCACUUGCAGAUGUAGACGAAUGUUCCGAAGCCACGGAUGACUGUCACAUCGACGCUCUAUGCCAGAAUACGCCCCAAUCCUAUAAAUGCAUUUGCAAAGCGGGGUACCAGGGGGACGGGAAGCACUGUGAAGAUGCGGACGAGUGUGAUAAUGACUACACUGGAGGCUGUGUCCAUGAGUGCAUAAACCUCCCGGGAAACUACAGGUGCACCUGCUACGACGGCUUCUCCCUGGCACACGAUGGGCACAACUGCCUGGAUGUAGAUGAGUGUCUGGACAACAACGGCGGUUGCCAGCAGAUCUGUGUGAACACCAUGGGAAGCUACGAGUGCCUGUGUAACGUGGGGUUCUUCCUGAGCUACAACCAGCACACCUGCAUCCACCGCUCUGAGGACGGGAUGAACUGUAUGAAUAAAGACCAUGGCUGUGCCCAUAUCUGUCAAGAAACUCCCAAGGGGGGUGUGGCCUGUGAAUGCAGACCUGGGUUCGAGCUGGCAGAGAACCAGAGGGACUGCAUGUUGACUUGUAACUAUGGAAACGGGGGCUGCCAGCACACCUGUGAUGACAUGGAGGCGGGGCCGGUGUGUGGCUGCCACCAGAACUAUGCGCUCCACUCAGACAGCAGAACCUGUGUUGAGAGAGAUGAGGCUGCAGUUGAGAGCUCUGGGCUCAAUGCUACGUCAUUAGCUGAUGUGGACAAGCGGGUGAAACGCCGGCUGCUCAUGGAAACCUGUGCAGUGAAUAAUGGGGGGUGUGACAGGACCUGUAAGGACACGGCCACUGGGGUCCACUGCAGCUGCCCCGCGGGGUUCACCCUCCAACCUGACGGCAAAACCUGCAAAGAUAUAAAUGAAUGUGAGCGUAGUAACGGUGGAUGUGAUCACUUCUGCAGGAACACGGUGGGCAGCUUCGUGUGCAGCUGCCUGAAGGGCUACAAGCUGCUGACUGACGAGAGGAGCUGCCAGGAUAUCGAUGAGUGUUCUUUCGAAAGGACCUGUGACCACAUCUGCAUCAACUACCCCGGAAGCUUUGAGUGCGUGUGUGACAGAGGCCACACACUCUACGGGAAGACACACUGCGGAGACGUGGAUGAGUGCAGCGUUAAUAACGGAAGCUGUGAGCACGGCUGUGUGAACACGGCGGGCAGCUAUGCAUGUGUGUGCCCUCCUGGGCACAGCUUGCGCUGGAACAAGAAGGACUGCAUCGAGAUGGUGAAGUGCCCCCCCAGCAGUAAGACCCCCCCGGGAGCCCAGCUCACCUGCGCCAGGACAGGGGGGUCCGAGGUGUGUGCCCUGUCCUGCCCCUCCAACGCCCUCUUCACCACAGACUCUGAAACUACUGGCUACUCCCUCAGCUGUGGGACCCCAGUGCAGCCUGGGAAAUCUACCCACAAGAGGAACGCCACUGAUCCCCAGCUGAGCUGUGCAGAGUCCGUAGCGACACCCAUCAAACAGAAAGCUCGCUUCAAGAUCAAAGAUGCCAAGUGUCACCUGAGACCCCGAAAUAAGGAAACCCACAGCGAUGCCCCUAUAAACCUCCAAGAAGGGGGGCCGUUUGCCUGCACGGACGACUGCCAGGUGACCUUCGUUAACCUGCGGUGCGAGUCAUCGAAGAAGCGCCGGCGCGGUCGGAAAUCGCCCUCCAAGGAGGUGUCCCACAUCACGGCAGAGUUUGAGAUGGAGAUGGAGGAGGAGGAAGCCUCAGACUCGUGUGACAUUAGCUGUGUGAGGGAGAGGAUGAAGCAGAAGCUGCAGGCGGCCGUACGGAGUCUCAGGAGGUCCAUAAACAGGCAGCAGUUCUACAUCCGCUUCUCUGACACCGAGUACGAGGUGGCACAGAGCCCCGCCUAUAGCCCUGCCCACGUCCCCCCCAGCCAAGAGCUCUGCAGCACUGGACAGGUCCUGCAGGAGGGGCAGUGUGCCAGUUGCAGUGUGGGAAGCUACUACAGUGGAGAGGAGGACCUGUGUGUGCCGUGUCCUUCCGGGACCUAUCAGGACACGCCCGGCCAGCUCUCCUGCCAGCCUUGCCCCAACUCCAACAGCCAGGGCCUCCCUGGGGCCAAGAACAUCUCCCAGUGUGGAGGUCAGUGCCUGCCAGGUCAGUUCUCCUCAGACGGGUUCCAGCCCUGCCAGCCGUGCCCCCUGGGAACCUUCCAGCCCGAACCAGGGCGUGUCCUCUGCUUCCCCUGUGGGGGUGGGCUCAUGACCAAAUACCAGGGUGGGGUGUCCUUCAAGGACUGCGAGGCUAAAGUACACUGUGCUCCUGGUCACCUCUAUGACGCUUAUACUCACCGCUGCAUCCGCUGCCCGUCUGGCACCUACCAAUCAGAUUUCAGCCAGAACUUCUGCAUCACCUGCCCCGGCAACACCACCACCGACUUCGACGGAGCUACUGACGUCUCGCACUGUAAAAACCAGCUGUGUGGGGGGCAUUUGGGGGAAUACAUGGGGUAUAUCGAGUCGCCCAACUACCCCGGAGACUACCCCUCUAACGCGGACUGCGUGUGGAGCAUUAACCCCCCGCCCAAACGCCGCAUCCUCAUCGUCGUCCCGGAGAUCUUCCUGCCAAUCGAAGACGAGUGUGGAGACGUGCUGGUCAUGAGGAAGACUGCCCAGCCUACCUCUAUAACCACCUAUGAGACGUGUCAGACGUAUGAGAGGCCCAUAGCCUUCACCUCCCGCUCCCGGAGGCUGUGGGUCCAGUUCAAGUCCAACGAGGGCAACAGCGCCAAGGGCUUCCAAGUGCCCUACGUCACCUAUGACGAGGACUAUCAACAGCUGGUCGAAGACAUCGUUCGAGACGGACGGUUGUACGCCUCCGAGAACCACCAAGAAAUAUUAAAAGAUAAGAAGCUGGUGAAGGCACUGUUUGACGUGCUGGCGGACCCUCAGAAAUACUUCCAGUACACAGCCAGAGACACGGCCAUGUUCCCCCGGUCCUUCAUCAGACUCCUCCGCUACAAAGUGUCCAGGUUUCUACGGCCGUACAAAUAGGUCCGCCAUCUUAGAGAAUCCCCCACAGAGGCCCACAGCCCCCUCCCGCCCUGCCCACUGCCCACUGCAGUGUGUAGUGUCUGCUUUUGCCAAGGAGUGUGUAUAUGAAUGUGUUGUGUGUGAGUGUGUGUGUGCGUGACUGUGUGUUUGUGUGUUGGUGUGUGCAUUUAUGUGUGUGACUGCGUGCGUGUGUGUGUGUGCGUGCACGUGUGUGUGUUUGUUUGUUUGUGUGUCUCUGCCUGUCUGAAUGCAUGUGAAGGUACAUUUAUGUGAGAGAAGGUUAGUACAUGUGUAUGAGGGUAUAUUAGUGCACGUACAUGUAUGUGAUGGUAUAUUAGUAUACAUGUUCCUGUGUUAACACGUGUGCAUGUGUAUGAGUAUGUCAGUUACUGUACACAUGUUCCUGUGUGUGUGCGCAUGUUAACAUGCGUACAUAUGUAUGAGGGCAUGUUACUUACAUGUUAACAUGUUUGUGUGGGUAUGUUAGUACAUGUAUGUGUGCGUGGGUAUUUCAUGGACAUGUGAGGGAAUGAUAGUGCAGGUGUACAUGUAUGUUUCUGCAUUCGGUUGUGUUGUUUCUUGGAUCCCCGAUGUACACAAGAAGCUUUAAAAUAUCUUGUUUUUUUGUGUUUUAGUUUUGCGUUAAACCAUUGGAACAUGCUAAAUUAAUAUAACUUGUUUUUGAAAAGCACAAUCCAUUCCACACAAUUUCUUUCCCAUUUAAAUAACAGAACACUUCUAAACAAGAUACAUUGUCAACCUGCCUGUAAGUAAUACAACAUAUGUAUGUAUGUGGUGUAGUUUAUUUUUAAUGCUAAUUGCACUUGAAUUUUAUAUUGUAAGCUUUUGAGAAAUCAGUGAUAUUUUCCUUUUGUUUGUAUUGUAUAGAUGUUUAUCUCCUUGGACUUAGACAAAAAACUUAAUCUAUCACCUUAUUUCCACCAUCAACACAUUACCUGUGUGUGUGUGUGUGUGUGUGUGUGUGUGUGUGUGUGUGUGUGUG